CAAACAGCCUAACAAAACGCAACACCGGUACGACGUCACUCGGGAGCCUGGUCCGGUUAGCUGUCAGCUACGUAGAGGGGAAGGGCAUGACAUGGAGCUACAUUUAUACAGUUGUUCAUGCGUCGUUGCUUCUUAAAAGUACACUAGGAUUUGUUUCCCCCCGGGCGUCGAUAUUUUUAUGUACAACGGCUCGUUUUGUUUUGACAUCUUGAGCAAACAGUAGCUAGCUAACAGGCUAGCUUAGCGUGUAACCUACUGUUAACCGUUAAAGAUAACGUUAGUUCAAACUGAAAGCCUCAUGGCGUUAAUCCUGUUUACGAGGUCCCGGGCACCUUUAAUGAAAACCUCCAGGUCCCUAAAGAACGAGUUCAAGAAAGGCAAAGGGAAAGUACAAGAUGGAGCGUGUUUCAACUGCACAGCCCUCCGACUUUCCAGUCAAACACGACUUUGCAGCUUGGCCCAGGUGUCGUCUCUGGGCCCCUCCGUCCCCUCAACAGAUGGAUGCGUGGGCCCCCCCCAGAGCCUGGACCUACAGCGCCUCUACUGUGGUUUUGCGCUGGGGGCCUCUUCUUCAGGGUACGCCGCGACAGGGACCCGCUGGACGGUAGCACGGCCGCGGCACGUGCCGUGUGUCCGGUGGAUACACACCUCGAGGAGCAGGUGGGACGACUCCAAGGUGGAGAAGUCCCUGCGCUCCUUAAAGGACAAGAAGAAGAAGCUGGAGGAAGGGGGGCCGGUGUACAGCCCCACGCUGGACGCGGCCCCCGUGAAAAGGACGCUCCGCCAGUGGGUGGUAGAUGAGGUCAAGCACUACUACCACGGCUUCAGGCUGCUGUGGAUCGACACCACCAUCGCCGGGCGGAUGCUUUGGAGGGUGUUGAACGGACACCCGCUGUCCCGCCGCGAGAGGAGACAGUUCCUCCGGACGUGCGCCGACGUCUUCCGGCUUCUGCCCUUCCUGGUGUUCAUCAUCGUCCCCUUCAUGGAGUUCCUGCUUCCCGUAGCGCUGAAACUUUUCCCCAACAUGCUGCCGUCCACCUUCGAGACGCAGUCCAAGAAGGAGGAGAGGUUGAAAACGGAGCUGAGAGUCAAACUGGAGAUGGCCAAGUUCUUGCAGGACACCAUCGAGGAGAUCGCUCUGCGCAACAAGGCGGCUCAGGGCACCGUGACGGAGGAGUUCUCCACCUUCUUCCAGAAGAUCCGGGACUCGGGGGAACGUCCCAGCAAUGAGCAGAUCAUCAGAUUCUCCAAACUGUUCGAGGACGAGCUGACGCUGGACAACCUGACCCGGCCCCAGCUGGUGGCCCUCUGCCGCCUCCUGGAGCUCCAGUCCAUCGGGACCAACAACUUCCUCCGCUUCCAGCUCAUCAUGAAGCUCAGGACCAUCCGCGCGGACGACAAGCUGAUCGCAGAGGAAGGCGUGGAGAGCAUGAGCGUGAACGAGGUGCAGACGGCCUGUCGCGCCAGAGGGAUGAGGUCACUCGGAGUCACAGAGGACCGACUGAGGGAGCAGCUCAUCCAGUGGCUGGAGCUCCAUCUGAACCAGCAGAUCCCCACCUCCCUGCUGCUGCUGUCUCGAGCCAUGUUCCUCCCCGACACCCUUUCCCCCGCCGACCAGCUGAAGACCACGCUGCAGACUCUGCCCGAGAUGGUGACAAAGGAGGCCCAGAUGAUGGUGGCGGAGAUGGAGCUCUCCAAAGUGGACAAUAAGGCCAAGGUGGAGACCACGCUGCGGGAGGAGGCGGCCAUACGCCAGGACAACCAGGACAGGGCGAUGGAGAGGUUGGCGGACGCCGCAGAGAAGGCUGCCAAGGAGGGCGAGAUGGAGUUUGAAGCGGAGAAGGUGAAAGCGGACGUCGCUGCUCAGUCGGAGACGCUGAGGGACGCGGCGCCGGUCAUCGAAGGGAUCAAGGGCGAGGAGAUCACCAAGGACGAGAUUGACCUGUUGAGCGACGCGUGCUCAAAGCUGAAGGAGCAGAAGAAGCUGUUGACCUUGGAGAAGGAGGAGCUGGAGGAGCUGAAGGACGACGUCCAGGAAUACAACGAGGAUCUGGAAGAGAUAAAGAUGGAGCUCUCCAAGACGGGUCAAGAAAAGGCGCUGGAGGAGUCGAAGGCCAGCCAGCGCCUGUCAAAGAGAGUCAACCGCAUGAUCGGUCGCAUCGACAAGAUCAUCGUGGAACUGGAGAAGGACAAGGUCAUCCUGGACGGCCAGAUGGACAGCGGGUCCACGCCUCCCGUCGGAUUAUUCUUUACUAAACCGCGCGAUGCCAAAAGUCUGUUCUACACCUUCAGGGAGAACCUCAUCAGCAUCGCAGAGCUCAUCGCCGUCAUGCGGCAGAUCCAGAACAUCCCGGAGCACAAGCUGCAGAGCAUCGCCGAGGCGCUGGACGACAACAAGGACGGCAAGAUCGACAUCGACGACGUCAUCAAGGUGGUGGAACUGAUCGACAAGGAGGACAUCGACAUCUCCACCACGCAGGUGGCCGACAUCAUGGUGAUGCUGCAGAAGGAGGAGAAGCUGAUCGAGAAGGAGAAGGCCAAGGAGAAGGCAGAGAAGGAGCAGGCAGCCACACGCAACCGCUGACUGGUUUCCCAUCAGGACUCUUAGCAUUUGUAAACAACAACAACCACAACAACAGCUGAGAGGUUUGGUGCUCAUUCUGGACACACAGAGAGCGAGAGGUAACAGCUGCCCUCUCAAAACACCGUUUCACCAUCAAUUUAAGCUUUUAAAAAAACGGCUAUCUAAUGUAAAAAGGCACAAAAUCAAAAAGCAACUCACAUUACCGUUAUGUUACUCGUCUGUAUUAUAUGCUGGUAUCUGGUUUUUGUGUAAUUUUACUCAAUUUAUUGACAGAGGGAUCAAAAUGACUUGAAGCUUUGGUUGUUCUCCCAACCUAAAGAGGAGGCAGAUCAAUCACACAGGAGAAUAAUAUAUUCUAGGAGAACGCUUGUUUAAAGCUCGAGGUGGACCGUCUUGCCUUUUCAUUUCAUUCAUGUCAUCAUCUCAGAGAAAUGAGAGAUCAUUUCUGGACUUUGCACAGUAAAAUCAUCGUCAUUACCAUCAGCUCGCUCAGUUUAUUUCCUUUUUUUGAUUGUGUUUUUCCAUCGUCCUCCUACAUUGUAAAGUAACUUGUCGUUUCUUUGAAUUGUGCUUUGAUGUGGUAGCUCAUUGCGGAGGAUCGAACGUUGGCUGCAACCAAAUAUACAAUUACAUGUUCUUCAGAGAACAUCUAAUAAUGUGAGUUUAUUCUAACGAGAAAAAAAAACUAUUUAUCGUUUUAUUAAUUAAUGGCACACAAACACAGUGCAGUAAACGGAGGGUUGAAGCCGAGCACUGAAGGUAAUGACAUUUAUAUCAAUACUAAAAGUAACGGCUGUCCUGUGUUUUCACUUUAUUCUUAUAACGUCCUCGUAGCUCAUAUCUUCAGAUGAAUAUCCUUUAGUGUCCCACAGAUCUCUGUAAAAUGCCAAAGUUGCACUGUGGUGCGUUUGAUGACCGAGGGUCAUAAUCCGAGCGGGGUCGUGGCAAGUUGUUGGUUAGAUCUUUUUUUACGAGUCCCUGCUUCAGAAAGUAUUUGAGGGUUUCUGCAUCGAGGGUCGGAGCCUCUUUGGAACCGUUUAGUAGUUUUUUUGCACAACUGUUUUUUUUAAUUUUUACUCUGGACCUCCAUAGUUUUGAAUGCAAAGUUGCCUUUUCAUGAGAUAUUAUGGACUAAACUGUCGUGUAUUUAUUUUUGAGUAUUCUACAUAGAUGGUGGAGCUGAUAUUAUUUAGUGUUGGAUGAACUCAGGUGUGGAUCAGCUGAUGGAUGUUUGUUUUUGGUAGCGAUGAACUUGUAUGUAAACAAAGACGGAGUGGAGGUUUAGAAUAAACUGAGCGUUACGUUACGUUCACUAUUCUACUGGGUUCUGACGGCACACAUAUUCCAGUUAGGGCGGCAACCAAUGUAUAUUUUGAUUAUGUUUGAUUUGUUUUAUUAUUUGAUAUAGAGAAAAAAAAAACGAUGGAAAAACGAGGAAAAAAAGAGAUUCAUCCUGAAAAAAAUAACCAUCCAAAAAUCAUAAGCUUCUAAACGUAAAUACUAUUUUUUUAAAUAGCCACAUUAUCUUACAUGAUAUUUCUUGUUUUUCCUUUAAAACUAGACUUUCUUUUUCAUUUCCAUUAGAGCGACUUAAACAGCUUUUUAUCGUUAACUCCGAUAAUGUAAUUUCCUGGUGUUUAUGAGUAAUUGUCGACAUUUGUAACGUUAAAGUAAUGUGAUGAAGUCGUCCUUCAGUUCCUGCAGCGUUGUUAAACACUGAUGCUGGGAGGCGUCUUCAGGUGACGACACGUUCCACCUGUCCCGUCUCCACGGCAACCAGAGAGGAGCUCAGGGCUUUAAAGCUUUUGAGAUAACUAUACAAUCACUGGAUACAGACUUAAAACUAAAAGAAAACAUUCAACUUACUCACUGAAUGAAAACCCCAAACGUUUCUGAUCGCCUCUUCAACAACAAUGAGGAGGAGGGAAGGAGGCAGCAGCAGAAGCCUUCAGGCAGCGAGCGGUUUGUCCCUUUUUUGAGGCGUAGGGUAGAAGAGCGACGUCCUCGUGCUGCCAGACAGGAAGAAAGGGAUCAAUAAGCAGACGUCUCAGAUUCAUUUGUAUUUGAUUAUGUUAACGGACACUUUUAGGAUCCACGUGCUCACCUAUUUCACUCUUUUUGCACUAAUCACCAGAAGAAUGCUACUUAUUUCUGUAGGAUGUAUAAACGUACGAGUUGUUUGGUUGGAGAGGAAAAUGGCAGCUGGAGAUGGAAAGCAGGAUCGGUGUUUUUUUCAGGUUGUUUUUCAGGUUGAAAGGAGUCUAUUGUUCUGCAGAAAGAGGAGCAGCUCAGACCUCCUUCAGGUCCAAACCGAUUCAAGUGAAACGGGUGUAGAAAAGUGCAGCCACCAGGAAAAAACGAUGUCCGGGCAGAAUCUUUUUCAUUUUCUUCUCCUGCAUCACUCCGAUUGAUUAAAAACACCAAACGACAGGAGAAUUAAAGCAAAGACAAACUUCCCUUUCUGUCCGAACACGGUGGAGAUUCAUCUUUUAAAAGAGACAAAACACGGAUACAUCUCAGUUUAAUAAGUUAUGUUUUUGGAAAUACCAAAAAAUUAUAUUAGUCGGUGAAUUAAUAUAAGAUGUAGCUUACUGCAGAUUUUGUUGCAACAGUUUAUUUAAUUACAUUUUUCCCCCCAAUUCUUUUUCUUUCUUUUUUUCUUAAGAUCUUAAAAUCUUAAACAAAUUACCUGAACUUGAUUCUAGUUUAGUUUGACUCUUGAAUGUAUGAAGAGAAUUAGUUUUUUUUUUUUUUUUUUUUAAUAACACGUUCAUGUAAACAAACAUAAUUUACAAAAUGAAAUCAUGAGUGUUGAAUAAAUUCUACACGAUCCUGCAUCCUGUUUUACAUCUCUUCUUCUCGUGUGUGUGCCGUUUUCUGUCGUUCCUCAUCUUCACCCUUCAUCAGUUCUCACCACGCUCCUCCUCUAGCACAGUGGAUCUCCUGUAUGUGUAGUGUUUGCACACCAGACAUCCUGUAAAUACAAAUAUAAACGAGGUGUUGUUGGAUACACGAGGAAGAAGGAAGUGUUGACCUUCUGCGUGGAGCUUUAGGACGCUCAGCUGGUGAGUCUGAAGGGACUUUUGUCCCAGACAGGAAGUCCAAGUGAUUUAUUUCACGUAUUAAUUAUCUCCCUUAAACUAAACGAGUCCUUUAGCUUUUUUGCACGGACGGAACGUUGUAAAGAUCCAAUAAAUAAUACCUCUGUUUGGAUCUUCGAGCAUUAAGGUUCACCUCUUAGAAGGUGAGAUGUUUGUGUGGAUAGAACUCACGUGCACAUUUAGGUCUCCUACCUGCUGCAUAAUAAGCAAAGGGACGUCCGUUUACAUGGAUGCAUGUUCACGGUCCAGAUGUUGUAUCCGUGUGCGAUGCUGUGAAUAGUCCCACUUGGGGGGGGGGGGGGGGGUUGUCCUGACGCCGCCUGUUAAAACUCAAGAGGAAGAAGGAGGCGGGACUUGUUUGGCCUCUCAGCUGGAACAUCAUCUCACCACAGCGGCUUCAAGCUCGCCGCUGGAACCGUUGCUCCUUCUUUCCUCUUCUGUGGUUUUCGGAAAAGUGCCUGGAGAUCAAUUUUAAUUCUGUUUCCCAAUUUCUGAUCUUUUAAACAAAUUGUUCAUUUUGUUUUUGUAAACAUUCAUUUUAGCAUUUUUAUUUUUUAACUUAUGCUUUCAACAAACUUUAUUCUUCCCUCAUUUCUUCCAGAGCAGCCUGAUGCUUUCGUGUGUGAAGUAUUUCAUUUGAUUAGUUUCUAUUUCCUGAAGGCAUUUUUCACCAUGAAAUCUGAUGUUUGCCAAGCGAAGAGACUUCACGAUGUUCCCAAACUCCAUCACACGGCCAGUCAGCGACUACAUCUGAAGGGCUUUGCAAUGACGCAAUAAUGUAAAAGCAGCUGGACGUGUUAAGGAAUGUGUCCUCAUUUCCAUCACACGCUAACGACAUGAUGUAUUGUUCACGUGUAGACUUUCUCUACACGAUUCUGUUGUUUUGGUGCUUCGGGCUUCAUCCGUUCAGGGGUUUGUUCAUGUCCAAGAUUUGUGUAAUCCUGAGUGACGCGUCACAUGACAGGAAGCCGGGAGAGGACCGGGAGGACUUCAGGGGACUUUAGGGGACUGAGAAUGUGCUAACUGGUUUCACACGGAGACACUGGAUGUGAUUGAAGUAGAGCUGCACAAACGUCUCACUGGUGUGAAGAUGUAGAACCACUGGAGACGUCUGGAUCGUCCACACGCUGCUGUCAUCUCGCUCUUAUUCAUGUCGCUUGAAACUGCAAUAAAUCUCUCAACAGCUUUGA